AUGAGCUGGUUUUUUCGGCAGUCGCAGCCUGGAUAUGUUGGCAGCAACGUCCAAAUCGGCUCGUACAAUGUUCACAUCGAAUCAGUCCUCGCCGAGGGUGGCUUUUCCAUCGUUUAUCUCGCUAAUGCUAAAAUUCCGAAUUCCAAGUCGACUAAAGCAGCCCUCAAGCGUAUGUUUGUGAAUGAUGAAGAGACACUCGCUGGGUGCAAAAAUGAAAUUCAAGUCAUGCGAAAACUGACGGGCCACAAGAACAUAGUCCGUUACAUGGCGCACAAAAUAACCUGCCUGAAAAAUGGCACGCACGAAGUCCUGGUCCUUAUCGAGUACUGUUCUCGUGGCCAUGUCCUGGACUUUAUGAACAAAAGACUCAACAGUGGAUUUACUGAGGAAGAAGUGAUGAAGAUCUUCUGUGACGUCGUCGAAGCUGUAGCGAAGAUGCACCAGUCGAAUCCUCCUUUUGCCCAUCGUGAUUUGAAAGUAGAAAAUGUCCUGAUUCACGAUAGUGGUAGAUAUGUUCUGUGCGAUUUUGGGUCAGCAAGUAGUCGUAUCCUCGAGCCAGACAAAAACGGUGUUAGUACUGUCGAAGAAGAAAUCACCAAGUUCACGACUGUUCAAUAUCGUUCUCCAGAAAUGGUCGAUCUUUAUUCCGGCUUUCCGAUCGGGCCCAAGUCGGAUAUUUGGGCACUGGGCGUUCUCUUGUAUCAUCUCUGCUUUUUCAACCUUCCGUUUUCUACGACUCUUUCUAUUCAAACUGGCGAAAUCUCUGUUCCCGAUAAUUCGCCGUUUUCCGUUGAAAUUCAUCGAAUUAUUCAAUUUUGUCUCACUGUGGAUGUUCAAAGACGUCCAGAUAUUUGGCAGCUCGCGGAAGCUGUUUUCGCCCAUGCAAAGCGCCAGAAUCCUGUCCAUAACCGAAACAACUCUCCUUCUAUUGACCUCUUAACGAUCUCCCCAUUAAUGAACGCUACCCAACUCGCCCAGUUCAAAGAAGACCAGCGUCGGCAACAGAAAGACGCGUCGAAUCAACAGAAUCAGCAAGGCAAUUUCGCGAAUGCAACAAUAGCACCAAGACAACGACCGAAUCCGAAGCGACCGCCUUCUCCGAAAGAAAUGGUCAAUAGAGCAGAAUCUGCGCUACAGAUUCUUCAAAAACAAAUGGCCGAUAUAAAAGUCACAUAUGCCCAGCUCCCUGCCACUGAUAGCCGCCGAAUCAAACUAGAAAACGACGCCGCAACGAUCAAAAUCAAGUAUCAGAAAAUCCUCGAUUUGCGGAAUGAAAAUCGCUCGCGCCUCGCCAACUCUUCAAGUACGACAUUUAAUCCCAGUCAGCAAAGUGCGAAUUUCCGCCAGAAUCCGCCGCGCGCCGAAAUUCCCCCUCCGAAGAUUCCGCCGAAGAUUCAUCAAGGAAAUGCGCCUGAAAUCCACACAAAUCAUCAUCUUACUCACAGAAGAGUGCUCUCUGAUCCAUCCACUAUUCAAGAGAUUCAAAGUCAGCAACUUCAGCAACAGAGACAAAAUCAAAUGGCAUCCUCGCAGACUUUUACUACUGGACUUUCAGCAUUUCAACAGCCCGUGAUUCCUGAUCAAAUGUCAUCUUUUGCUUCUGAUUCGACAAUCGACUCCGUUUCAACUGUAAGGCUUGCUAACUCACCUUCAGAAAAAGAUGAUGAUGCUUUUGAUGCUUUCCUCGAAAAACGGAAGAACUUGUCCGAUGCGCCGACAAACUUCAAAUGCGAAAAGGGACCAGUCUACCAAGCUCUUUAUUCCAACGGGACUUCUGAAUCUCAACCCGAGACAAACGGUGGCUGGGUGAAAGAUCCAGAAGAUACUGAUGAUUCUUCGUCAGUUUCCGACUCUUCAGAAUCGCGAUCGGUUAAAUCGGAUUCCGAAGAUGCCGACGCGCUCAUUGAUUCUUCUGAUGACGAUUUUCCGCAAGUUCGGCAAAUGCGCUCCCAAACUUGCCCGAAUUUGUCGGACUCCGUCAAUCUAGCGCUGAAUCGAGAAGAAGAUCCAUUCUCGAUGGCUCCGUUUCCAGCUGCCGCUAUUCCGCCACAAAUUAAAGAAAAUGACCCCUGGGGUGACAAUCUUCCACAAAGUAGACCUCCUAUCUCAAAGACGAAUCCUUUCCGAAUGGGCGCGUUUUCCGGCCCGCUUGAAUCUUCUAAUGAUGCCGAUCCCUUCAAUAAUGCUCCAUUCCCAGCGACAUGA